ACGCUUCACUGCUUUGGACCAUCGCACACCAGAGCACCAUACGAAGUGGAUCAUGAACAACCGCGCUGGCCGCGCCCUCACUACCUCUUAGUCCACCACCCGUUGACGUCUCGCCCGUACGUCCACGCCGCGUGUCGCCAUCGUAUUCCGGUGCGCCCAUCCAAGCCUCACUGGAUCGUGCCACUAUCCAUCAGCGGCAGCAGCGGCGUCACAGGAAGCUUCAGCCGCGCAGCAGCAGCAGCAGCAGCAGCAGCAGGAGGUUGGCGGCAUGGCGGCGGCGGCGGAGGACGCGUUGAAGCUGUUCGUGGGGCAGGUGCCCAAGGCGUUCACGCCGGACGACCUCACGCAGGUGCUCGCUGAGGCGGGCACGGUGUGUGACGUCACCAUCGUCAAGGAUCGCGUCACCAAGGAGUCGCGAGGCUGCGCGUUCGUGCUGUACUCCACGCGCGCCGAGGCGGACGCCGCCAUCGCGCUCUUCCACAACAACCGCAAGCUGCCGGGGGCGAAGACAGCAAUGCAAGUGAAGUACGCGGACGGGCAGGAGCACAAGAUAGAGAACAAGCUGUUCGUGGGCAUGCUGCCCAAGGCGGUGACGGCGGAGCAGCUCACGGCGGUCUUCUCCGCGUACGGCUCCGUGCUCGACGUCAACGUCCUCAAGUCCGCUCCGCACAUCACCAGAGGGUCGGCGUUUGUGAAGUUCCAGUCGUACGCGCAGGCGCAGGCGGCCAUAGAGGGGCUCAACGGCAAGCACCGCCUCGAGGAGAGUGGCCCGCCCAUGGCGGUGCGGUGGGCGGACACGGACAAGGAGAAGAUGGCCCGCAAGGCGCACAGAAUGGGGCCCGGCGCUGCUGUCGCUAGUGCAGCAUCCCCCGCCGCGCUGUACCCGUCGCCCCUCAUGGGCUCUGCCCCCGGCGCUCCCUUCUUCCUGCCGCCUGGCAAUGCGCCCUCGCUCUACGGCUCCCCCAUGCAGCCGCAGCUGCAGCAGUACGGAGGCAUGGAUUUUGCAUCGCUGUACCAGCAGCAGCAGCAGCAGCCACCAGCCAUGCCGCAACCGCAGCUGCAGGAGAUGUAUGCUCUGCCUGCUGCUGCACAACCCUAUUCCACCGAUGGCGCAGGAGCAGCAGCAGGCGGGGGGGCAGUGGGGGGCUAUCAGCUGGGAGCGGUGCCUUCAGCGUCUGCCGUGGCUGCUGCUGUGAGGCAGGCCCUGGCUCAGAAGGAAGGCCCCCCUGGCGCCAACAUCUUUGUGUACAACAUUCCCGCGGAGUGGCGCGACCACGACCUGACCACAGCGUUUGUGGAGUUUGGCAACGUGCUGUCGGCACGCGUCUUCAUCGAUAAGAACACCGGCCUCAGCAAGAACUUCGGGUUCGUGAGCUUUGAUGCGGCGGAGGCAGCGCAGGCGGCGAUAGCUGUGAUGGACGGCUUCCUGGUGGGCGGGCGCCACCUCAAGGUGUCCGUCAAGAAGGGCCAGCAGGCCUCCGCGCCCGGCCACGGCGCUGCACCCUACUGACCGCUGCUGCCCUGCUGCUACAUGCUGCCCUGCAACAUGUGCAUGUUGCCUGCCUCCACUCAGUGGUUUCUGCCACAACUGUCUGUACAUCACUCACUCUUGCUGCGUCGCUCGCUCUCACACUACUUCACUCUGUCUCAUUGUGUUGUUCUGGAUCCACCGGAUCUCCUCCUCCUCCUCGGCCUCCUCCACCUGUGCUCGUCUGUUCCACUUGUGGCCUGUUUCAGUCAGUGCUGAUUUGCUGUGCCGCUAGCGGCAUUCGCCUGUCCUGUGCGUCAACCAGUGACCCUGGUUCAGUCGGUGGCUCAAUGUUAUGCCUGUCAGCAAAUAGUGAAUGUUAAUGCCACAGGCGCUUGUGAAUGUGAAAGCUACAGUAAAUUGAUGUUCCAGUUGGUAAUUGUGUUUCUGCACGCUUUUGUCCCAACCCCCUCAAUCGUUCAGAAUUGUGUACACCCAGAACUGUUCAUUCUUUUUCUCUCUCUCCCUCUUUCUACCUCUCGCACCAUCCAUCCCUCCCCUCUGGAUCCUUGCCUCCUUCCCUCCUUCCCACACUGUCCCUCUCCCCCACCCCCACCCCUCCCCCCAUCCCCAAAUGAACCCUCUCCCUUGCUCUACCUCACUCUCGUGCAUUCACACACACCGAUUUGCCUCUAUACUUCUAACCCCAUGAACCCCCUCCUCCCCUCCCCCUCGCUUUCCCUUCUUCCUGUCUGCUCUCCUUAGUUCGGCCCUCUGUCCCAGCUCUAUUUCUUGCCAUCCCUCGUUGCACCUAAACGAAUUAACAAGUCACUAACCUGCUAAUGUACGUAGUGAGCCUUGCUGGUUCGCAAAUUGCAUGUACAAUAUGUCAUGUCACGAGCCAGGUUCGUCUGACGGCCUUCUCAUCCUGAGUCAUUACUGUGAAGUGUAUUCAUUGCAAGGUGUUUCAUGCAGGAAUAACCUCGUUUCGUCUAGUCUUCGAAGCAUAUACCAGUACCGUGCCAAAUGACUCACUCUUCAUCAUGCAAUGCAAGCAAAACCAGACAAGUUUUCUUGUCUUCUUUAUGCUCAGUCCACAGCACCUUUCCUGUGGCCUUCUUCGCCGCGGUCCGCACAGUGAAAGUCGGCAGCAUGUUCAUUUCGUGCACACUUUUCAAUUCAUGCAGUGACGCCUCACCUUGACCAUGCGAUUUUAGGCCAGGGAGUCCAGCACAGCGUGGCAACAGUGGCUGAAUCUGAAGGGUGCAAGGAUUGUGUGGUGGUGGUUCUUCACACUCUGAGUAGCGCCCUUGUGGUGGUAGUUGAAAAGUGCGCCUUGAUGUUUUCACCAGAUGA